ACUACAACUGUGGUAUCAUAUAAUUUGUACGCCUUUCCCAACGUAUUUAGUGUCAUCUCUGGUUACGAUUAAGUUUACAAAAUAAAAUUCUGGAGACAACUAUACCCUGAUUACACUUAUGAUAUGAUAUACCGUUUCAUAUCAUUGGAGUUAAACGACAGUCAAGAUGUCUAUAUUGAAAGUCCAUUACUUCCUAUGGUUUGGUUCUUUGAGUUGUAUUAUGCCAUUCGUGUCGGUCUUCGCCAUACAACACACCACUGCCACCACUGAAGACAUCGGAAUCCUCUACUGUGUCCUCCCAUUCAUUGUCUCCGUUUUCAAACCACUCUUCUGUUCCAUCGCCGACCGCAACAACUCUCACAAAAAAGUCUUAAUAGUCUCAACCAUUUUCACGAUUCUGGGAUAUGGACUCCUUUUACUCAUUAUGUACGUCAGGUUCGGCCGAUUCUCGUGGUAUAUGUUUUGUAUACUCAUAUUGAUGGCUAACUCCGGACAGGGAGUCGUUAUUUCACUCAACGAUUAUUUAGUUAUGAAAGAAGUGACUCGACUUAACAAAGAUUACGGCGGGUAUAGAGUGUGGGGAACCGUUGGUUGGGGUGGCUUUGGAGUAAUCGCUGGUAUUAUCAAUGAAUAUAUCGUUAACCUUCCCUUUCUAUUGCCCGGAAUAUUGCUGUUCGUGUCGAUCGAGACAAUUGACUUGAUUUUCAUGUAUUUCAAACUCAAUGCAAAGUAUGAAGACUCGGAGACCAACUCUGAAAUCGUGCCAAACACCUCUCAAAAUCGAAAACCAAUCUCAGUCUUACUGAAGAAGCCAUUCAUAUCGACAGCUAAAGCCGUGAAACAAGUGUACCAUAUAUUCCUCCACAACCCCACUCUAUUGCAAUACAUAGUAAUUGUAUUGAUUUUCGGUGCGUUGACUGCCUUUCACUGGUCCUAUUACUUCGUAUACCUGGAGGCUAUCCGAGGCAAAGACGCUCUCCUCAUGGGUUUGGCUCUGUUUGUCGAGUCAUUCGCAGGAGAGCUGCCAUUCUUCCUCAUCUCUAACAUCAUUCUCAGACAUUGUGGGCCUUCGCUGUCACUCAACAUAAGUCUGGCGGCGUUUGCCAUC